AGUGUAAAAAAAUCGCAGUACGAAUAAUACCUUUAAAAUAACUGCGAAAUGUCAUAACUUUCAUUGCCGCGUUGAAGAUAUUGUAUUGCAAUAAGAUUUUAUCGGAAAAUUAUCGGUAAAUAAUAGGGUUAUUUUACGAAGCGCUGGGUUAAAGUGUAUUUGGAUUUCGGUACGGUAAAGGAAUUUCGGUGCAUCCAGCGGCGAAAAGAAAGGAAAGUGCUCCAGCAGAGAUAAUUUAAACGUAAAGGACAUAAUCUGUUGUUGGCCCGGGUGAUAGGAACUAUAAGCGGUUCCAUUGAUGCGGCAGAGGUGAUAAUUAUAGGUUUAUUGGCUCUAGAUAACGGCAAUUAGUAACACUAAAGGAGCCUCUGUCUUGAUAUUAUAUAAUUCAUGGCAUGAAGUAACGCCUGUUAAAUGCUUAAUUUCCGCUAUGAUUGACAUACUAUGAAUGAAAUGGAAUAUACGACAAGUCAGGUGUUUUAACAGCAGCAGAAAAUCCGUAAAACGUGGAUAUAAUCGCGGCUAUAACUUGGAUCGGAUUUAGAUAAUUAAAGGGCAAUAUAUCAACGGGGAACUGUAGAUACAUACUGUUUGAUUGAAUAUACACAUUGAUGUGCUGGAUUAUAAGCCAGAUUAUUUAUUUUAUAAACCAAACAUGACAAGAUAAUAAACCUAUCAGGGAUAAUACCCCGGAGUCUGCAGCGAAGAGAGUUUCACUCUAGCGUAACACGGGAUUAAAGCAGAAGAAAAACCUUUAAACACUAUUUGUGCAUUUAACACUCAACCGCUGCGGUAGCGUAGUGGUUUUUCGAUUAUCAUCCGAUAUCUUUAGAAGAUGUAGUGAACUUUUGAAAUAAAACCUAAUUUAUAUAUUGAGAUAAACAUUAUUUAAUAAUUCAAGACUAAUGAAAACUCAACAACAUUAUCGUGUGUGAAGAGAAUGUAUUAGAUUGUAUCCAGAGCAGCAAUUACUCGGUACAGAGAUAUUAGACAGUUUUAAACAAUCGGGUGAAAUUUACGAGGAGAUAGUUGGCAAAUUCGGAAUCGCUCACUGGAAAUUAUAUAGGAUUAUUACGGAUUCAUGUCCAGAUAUCAAUCUGCCAGAUGCCCUUCUCAGGUAUGAGGUUUCGUUGAUGUUAUGACUGUAGGUAGGAAAAACAUUACAGGUGAAAAAUAAAUUCCUACUAAUGAAUGACAUUACUGUUAAAACGGUCGAACUGUGUCAGGUAUAAAUUGACAGCAGGGCAUUCAAACAUUGACAAGCUUUUGAUGUACUUUCAUUUAUCAUUCAGAAUAUAUUAAUUAACUUUCAUUGUAAAUUUGUGAGAGCUACACAAUGGAUGAUCAUUGUGUUAAAGUGAUUUUAUUGACUGUGACCAUAUUAAUGACUGUUUCAAGUGCUGUUUCUGAAACGUUUGAGUUUAGAAUGCAAGAGGAACAAAAAGCUGGAUAUGUAGUUGGGAAUAUACUUGAACAAUACAAAAGUGACCGGGAUGAACUUCGAUUUACCUUAAUGAGACAGGGUAAUGCGUAUGAAUCUUACUUCGAAGUUGAAGAAAUUAGUGGCAAUUUAACAACAAAACAAAUAAUAGACAGGGAAGUUUUGUGUGAAUUUACAAAUAUUUGUCAAGUUUCGCUUGAUGUAGCGGCACAAACAGUUUUGAAUGAUGGCUUUUUUGAUGUUGUUAAUAUUUUAAUUAUUGUUGAGGACAUUAACGAUAAUGCACCAACCUUUAGUGAAUCCAGUUUCAAUCUUCCUCUUUCUGAAUCGGUUCUCACCGGAAGUACUAUUACCGUAGAAGGCGCUCGGGACAAAGACACUAGUGAUAAAUAUUCAUUACAAACUUAUGACCUCCAGCCUACAAUACCAGGUGAAAAUCUACCAUUCCAGUUCAAUUUUUCGAAGAAACUAGAUGGUAGCUCAACAAUAAAUUUGAUAGUUAAAGAAAAGUUAAACAGGGAAGAGAAAGAUUCGUACCAGUUUUACAUCGUUGCCAAAGAUGGCGGAUCACCUCCCAAAGAAGGAAACUUACUUGUUAACGUUUCUGUAACUGACAUAAAUGAUAACAACCCUGUCUUUGAGAAGUCGUCGUAUGACAUCACUGUCAAUGAGGACGUUAAUGUCAAUGACGUCAUUCUUACGUUAAAAGUGAGUGAUGAUGAUCUUGGAAUGAACGGGGAAGUCAGAUUCAGACUAAGUUCUUUCCAGCCAAAAAACAAUUUGAAAUAUUUUAGCAUAGACGAAACUCUUGGCCACUUGAAAAUUAAAGAAAAACUCAACGCUAAUGCGGGUGAUACUUUCAGAUUAAUUGUUGAAGCCACAGACCUGGGAAAUCCAUCUUUAACGACACAGGCGUUUGUGCACGUUUCUGUCCUAGAUACAUCAAACAGUGCACCAGAAAUUCACCUCAACCUCCUAACAAAUGCUAAUUAUUCCACAAUAUCAGAGUACGCUAAUAUUGGCGCCGUUGUUGCGCACGUGGCGAUAGUAGACCACGAUACCGGUCGUAACGGUAACGUAAAUUGUUCUGUAUUAAGUGACGUCUUUGGACUUCAAAGAUAUGACGUUCAUGAGUACAAAGUAAUCGUGUCACGGUCACUGGAUCGUGAAAGAGCUGCUACACAUAAUGUGAGCAUUCGCUGUGAGGAUAAAGGGGUACCGCCUCUGAGUAACACAAACACUUUUCUCGUGCAUAUCAACGACGAAAAUGAUAAUCCGCCAAGGUUUAGGCAGCAGAGAUACUUCUCAAGUAUUGAUGAAAAUAAUGAAAUAGGUGACAAAAUAACAACUGUUUCAGCGUUCGAUCUUGACUCCGGAAAUAACAGUGUCAUAUCUUACUCUGUGGCACCUGCUUCUUCUAAAUACGCCUACGUCGAUCCUAAAACAGGUCUGGUAAUGGCGAAUAAGGUUUUCGACAAAGAAUCUAAAGAAGGCCAAGGGAUUUCAUUAACAAUUUAUUGCAAAGAUAAUGGUGUACCGGCUUUAACAGGGACCACUUCUGUGAUUGUCACAAUUAACGACCAGAACGAUGAAAAACCGGUAUUCGAUCAAACUUUAUUCAGAUUCUGGUUGGACGAAAACCUCCCCGCAGACACAUCCGUUGACCGACUAAGUGCGAAGGAUAAGGACAAGAACAGUAAUGCAUUGACCAAAUAUUCUCUGAAGUCCGGACAAUCGGAAGUACCGUUCGUUGUUCUCGAAGACGGAGUGAUCAAAACGAACAGGGAAUUAGAUCGAGAAGAGAAGGACGAAUACACAUUUGACGUUGUUGCUACUGACGUCGGCAAUGAGAGCCUGUUCAAUGUAGCUAAAGUGACUGUAUUUAUUGUGGACAAAAAUGACAAUAAUCCAGUUAUACAAUACCCCAAGCCUGGUAAUAAUACUGCUAGUGUCUCUUUUCUUACCCCUCCAAGAACAGUAGUUUAUAGCGUUAUUGCUUAUGAUAUGGAUGAGCCGUAUACGGAUAACUCAAACUUACGGUACUCUAUGACUACAAUCAAUAAGACAAAUUUCUUUUCUAUUGACCCUCAAAGUGGUGACAUUUUGUUAUCUGCACCUUUAGAAAACACGAAUUCCGUCGGUAAGGUGUAUGUUCUAAGCAUUACGGUUCGAGAUAGUGGAGAGAACACGUACCCGGCGACGGCGACGUUACGUAUACUUAUUACAACAGAAAACGGCACCAUGACAACCUCAACAGAAGAACCGAAUAAAAACUUUGUAAUUGUUGUUGUCGUAGCCGCUGUGACAAUUCUCAUAUCCGCCGGCAUCAUUGUGACCAUAUGUAUAAUUCGUCGGCUCGACACGCGACGACGAGAUGAUAAACAAAGGCAAAAAGUACUAAAUGAAAAUAUGUAUACAAAGAACAAUGACGAAGUUGACAAUAUAUUUCCUCUACCGAUGGACACAAGUUUUACGGAGAAGAAGAAGAAGGAGGUGAGCUUUUCACUGGAAGAAAAUGGUAUGAUGAACCACAGCCAGGCGAACUCUGGAUCAGAUGAUCCGGACCAUGACAGUUUUGAACAGAUACUAUUAGAGGUAAGUCAAAUAAGGUUGUUUUUUUUUUUUCAAAGUAAAUGUGUACUUUUUUGUAUUUGAUAGUAAACUGGGUGGUUAAGUUAGCAGACAGGGAAAUAUA